GUCGUGCUCCCCACAGUACUCCCUCGACUUCGGUUCAGUACUAGCUAGUAAACACUUCCUCUCAUCUUCCCUCCCAAUCCACUAUGAAGCUCGCUCUCGCAUUAUCUGCUCUCUCUGCCGCGGUUGCCCUCGCCGCUCCUGCCGAGGAGUACUGCAACAACGGCGCCAACUGCUAUGCCGGCGUGCACAACUGGGGCGGAUUCAUCAACUACGAGCCCUACCAAGGCAACCUCAUGGAUGCCUGCCGCUACGACGAGAACGCCGUCGGCGGCACUGGCAAUCUGUGGGGCACCAAGGCGUGCGUCGCCGUUGCUGUCAGCGACACGAAAAUUGGGCCUGAGACCGUCCAGCAUCUCGCGAGCUGCAACCACCAGAAUCUCACCUGCAUCUGGAAUGAGCCGAGCCUCGACUACAACCUCUAUGCCAGCAUCGUCGGUGACUGCGCCUGGGCGCCAAACGGCUGCCCUAUCACCCAGCAGAAUUACAUCGACUUCAUCUACAGCACCCUGAGCGAGAUCGGGUCCAGCGACUGGCCGAGCAGCGUCGACACUUUGCUUGCCAAUGGCUGGCGCGCUCUCCUCGACUGGACCCAGACGGGCGAUACUAUCCCCUACACCAACUUCAACGAUUUCCUCCAUUACGGUUAAACGACUGGACGUCGCGUUGUUACUGUAACACACGCAUCAGGAAAAGCGUAUGUAGGGUUUCGUGAUGAUUGCUACGAAAGGCCUUUUGCUAUGGACUUCACGUACACUCCGGGACUAUUCGCGAUGAUUGGGAUUGUACAUUACUAUACCAUUCGACUACCUACUUCACGAUAUAAUGUUCUGUUGGUUUGGAGAUAUGGCCCCCGUGUUCGCUAUUACGCGUUCAGCUUUGAUCGUGCGUGCAUCGGACCUCCCUCAAUCGUCCAUCUCGGGGCGCCUAAUUUUUAUUGUGAAGAUGUUCCCUGCC